AAGAAGGAAUAAUGUAUGGAUAAAUGGUGAGAACCAAACAACAGUUUAGCCCUCCGACACUUGAGUCUGGAAGAAUCUAAGACUAAACCCGUAACUUACACGUGUCAUUUAAUGUAGCCUUCAAAUUUCAUUCCUGUUGUCUGCAACGCAAUUCUGAACGUCGCCGCCUUUGGCCUGAGCGCACAAAGUUUCCCACUAAGUUAGCGAGCGAAACCAGAGCCCUCUCUUCCAAUCUCCAACGCCUCAUCCUCUAAUCCACAAGCUGACCCUCUUCCUUCCAAAUGGACUCCAUCCCUUUGAACUGGGAAGCUCUCGAUGCCCUAAUCAUCGAUUUCGCCAGAUCAGAGAAUUUGAUUGAGGAUUCAUUUUCAUCCUCCCCACCUCCUUCUCCUUCCCCUUCCCCUUCCUCGCUUUCCUCUUCCUCUUACCAUUCCAGGCUGAUCAUCCGCCAGAUCAGGCGCUCUUUGGAGGUCGGUGAUAUUGAUUGCGCCAUCGAUCUCCUCCGCCUUCAUGCACCCUUCAUUCUCGACGAUCAUAGGCUUCUUUUCCGGUUGCAGAAGCAGAAAUUUAUCGAGUUUUUGAGGAAAGGGACUGCAGAGGAUCGUGAUUUGGCCAUUCAAUGCCUCCGCACGGCGCUUGCUCCUUGUGCUCUUGAUGCAUACCCGGAAGCGUAUGAGGAGUUCAAGCAUGUUCUACUUGCCUUCAUUUAUGACAAGAAUAAUCAAACAUCCCCAGUGACAUAUGAGUGGUCUGAAAGGAGGAGAUUCGAUAUUGCUGGAUUAAUGUCCUCAGUCUUACGAGCUCAUAUGCAGGCAUAUGAUCCUGUCUUCUCAAUGACCUUGAGAUACUUGAUAAGCAUACAUAAAGGUUUUUGCUUUCAUGAAGGUGUGUCAUCUCCCAUAUCAGAUCUCACUGAGAGGUUGCUUCUAGAUGAACUUGAUCCGCCUGCCACACCCAAAGAGAGCCUGUAUGAAGCACCUCCAUUUGAUGAAGUGGACAUUCAAGCUCUUGCACAUGCUGUAGAGCUAACGAGACAGGGGGCUAUUGAUAGCUUGAGAUUCACCAAAGGUGAUUUGUUUCAUGCAUUCCAGAAUGAGUUGUGCCGGAUGAAAUUGGACCUUUCUGUUCUUGAUGAGCUUGUUCGUGAGUACUGCAUAUACAGAGGAAUUGUGGACUCUGGUUGUGGAGCUCUCUCUGGGAUGCAGAAUCUCUCUAGCUCAUCAAAGGUUAAUCAAUCAGAGCUGGAGUAUUGUUCAUCUAGGAAUACUUCUUUUGAAGUGGACUAUGCAACCGGUAAACUUUCGGAUGGUGAAAUUUCUGUCAGUAAUUCUCGUGUGGAUAGUUCUCCUGAAAAUAUUGCUGACGUGACAAGCUCACAAGGUAACAAUGAGGUUGAGUUACGAUAUGCAUCGGAGCCAACGUCCAAUCGAGAAGAUUGUAGCACUAGUGAUUCAAUUCAUGUGGGAAAUUCAAGAACAUUACAAGCAAACAAGAAUCGUGGGAUUGUAGAAAGGAGCAAGCGUAAGAGAUGGAGAGGAAGACACGAUGAUAGAGAACUUCAUGAUGUGUCUUACAGUGGAUGCAGUAAAGCAGAACUUAGCACUAUAACAGUGGCCAGUACGACCAUGUCUAAGGAACGGCAGAACCUUGAAAAACAUAUACCGAUAGACUCUACUGGCAAGGAGGAUAAAUAUGAGAUUGUCUUGGGCAUUAGGGAACUGGCUAGUAAAAGGUUGGCUGCAGAGGUUGUGGAAGAAAUUAAUGCCCUGGAUCCGAACUUUUUUGUACAAAAUCCUAUUUUCCUAUUCCAACUUAAGCAGGUUGAAUUUUUGAAGCUGGUUAGUUCUGGUGAUUAUUCUAGUGCUUUGAGGGUCGCAUGCACUCACUUAGGCCCAUUAGCUGCUAAUGAGCCUUCCUUGUUGAAGCAAUUAAAGGAGACCUUAUUGGCUUUGCUCCUGCCUAACGAAGAUUUUCUUGGGAAAGGCUUCCCUGUGAAUGCUCUUGCUAAUUCUCUUCAGGUUGCUUUUGGUAGGAGACUAGGUAUUGAAGAACCCCGACUAAUGAAGUUGAUGAGAGCCACAGUUCACUCUCAUAGUGAAUGGUUUAAACUUCAAAUGUGCAAGGAUCGGUUCGAAAGUCUUCUGAAGAUUGAUUCCUUGAAGGAAGUUAAUCUGCCUUCGCUUUCUACUUCUGGUGCGCUGUUGAAAUCAAAUUCAGAUAGUUGCAUCCAUGGUUCUUCCCAAGUGGCAAAAUCUUCGGCUACAAGAACCUCAGAAGAUGGUAGCAGUCCUAUGCAAGCGUCAUCGAUAGAUGCUGGUGAUGAAAAUGCAAUACUUAAAGUCAUGGAGUUUCUUGCUUUGCCCAGGGCUGAUGCCAUCCAUCUUCUUGCACAGUAUAAUGGAAAUGCAGAGAUGGUCAUCCAGCAAAUAUUUGCUUAAAUUGACGUGUAAAAAGCUGUAGCCGUAUGAUGAGGUUCAUUUGUUUAUUAUUUGUCUAACAUUAUUUCAUUCAUUUUGUGUACUUUACAUAUCGUAUACCAUCUUCAUAUAUGCUAGAGCUCCAAUGUAUAAAGAGUCCGUACAACAGUUAGUAUUCCUGAUGUUCUCUUAUCAUAUUUAUGGGUGGUGAAUGUGUAGUGCCGUCGAGUAGAUCGGGAGUAUAUAAGUAGGAGUCAAAUGUGCAUAAGAAUGGAUUUCGAUCAUACCAAUUGUAAAUUAGAUGUUAUGUAUUCAAUUACAUAUAUUUGUUUUGUCGUGAGAA